AUGGCCGGCCCAUCCAUAUUCAUUCAUUCUGCGCUGAUAGAAGCCGGAAAACUGGUCGAGCUCAUCUUUGUUCUAGCCACUGAACAUGAAAUGGCUAGCCCUCGGUCGUUCGAGAUGCUCGAUUCCAGGCCUUUCGAAUUUGCCGUCUAUGGAAAAGGAAUCGCUAUGCAUAAACUUACAGCUGAUGAACGUAAACGCCUUGAAAAAUACCGUGAUUUUGAAUUCUAA